UAGCAGAAGUCUGAGGCCAGGUGACCCUACGACUAUAUUCUUUUAUUACCAGAGAGGAAAAGGCAUUUUUAGAUUAACAUUUCGGACUAUACAAUUAAUUAACAUACAUUUAAUUUGUAGACCUGGCCAAUGGCAGGUCAAGCCGUGUUGUGUUUGUUGCUUUUGAGAUUAGUGGGUGUGGUCACUCCCCAGGUUGUGGAGCCUCUUUAUCCAAUAUCUGGAACUGAAAGCUCUCGGACAGAUGAUGGAAGUUCUCCACCAAUAACCUUGCGAAGAACUUUUGUCUAUUUUGGACAAACAUAUAAUACGAUUUAUGUUAAUCAUAAUGGCCACUUGACGUUUGAUUCUUCCUAUAGUGCACACACACCGGUAAGGUUCCCAAUUCAUGGACCCCGAGACAUGAUUGCUCCAUUUUGGACAGAUUUGGACAACAGAGAAAUGGGUAAAAUCCUCUACAACCAAUACACCAGUGGCAGUGUCCUUCAAAAAGCUACACAAGACAUCAAUACCUACUUUCCAAGCCUAAACUUUACUGCUGAGUGGGUCUUUGUGGCAACAUGGUACGAAGUGGCCUAUUAUUCAAAUUCUGGAACGAAAACUACAGCCCAGGCUGUGCUGAUCUCUGGGGGACAGUACUCCUUUGUACUCAUGAACUACGGCAUCAUUGCUUCAACUUCUCGGAAUGUGCAGGCUGGAUAUGAUACAAUAAACUCAGAACACCAUUACACCAUUCCUGGAUCUUUCUCAAGUGCUGCAACAGGCAGCAACUCCAAUUUCCGUCUCAACAGCAACGUUGAUGUCCCCGGACGUUGGGCCUUUCGAACGGACCAUGGGUCAAGAGGCUGCACCUUUAAUGGUGAACUCGUGCAAUUAGGUGAAUCGUUUUGGAGCGACUCCAACUGUGCACAGAAGUGCACGUGCACCACAACGGGCCUGCAGUGCUCUAACCAACCCUGCUCCUUCUCCCAAGUCUGCAUGCCAGAUUCCUUUCAGUUCUCCUGCCAGUCAGUGCAGAGACAAACCUGCACCGUCAGUGGUGACCCACAUUACUACACCUUUGAUAACAAAGUGUUCAGUUUUCAAGGGACCUGCACCUAUGUUCUCUCAGAACAAUGUCAGAAUGAGCUCCCCUAUUUCAGAGUAGAGGCCAAAAACGAGCACUUAGGCAGCACUCGUGUUUCCUGGACAGGACUUGUAAAAGUUUUUGUCUAUAAUGAAACUAUUGAGCUCGUCAAAAGAACCACUGGCAAAGCAAAGGUUAAUGGAAACUUUGUAGCAACUCCGUUUUCCCUCAACCAGGACCGUGUCCAGGUCUAUCAGUCAGGCAUGUCAAUGAUUGUCAGCACCGACUUUGGCUUGAUGGUAGCUUACGACAGAACCUAUUAUCUCAGAAUCAGUCUGCCCUACACUUACCAGAAUGCAACAUGUGGUCUUUGUGGAAACUUCAAUGAUAACCCUGGAGAUGACCUCCGAACUCGUGAAGGCGAGAUUGUCAGCUCUGAAGUAGUUUUUGCAAACAGUUGGCAAGUACCCGGUGAUGAUGAACCUGGUUGUGAACCACAGUGUGAAGGUCUGGAAUGUGCUGGCUGUAAUGCAGCUCAGACUGCUUUGUACAGCAACGAUGAACACUGUGGAAUCCUUCAGAACAGCUCUGGACCGUUUGCAGCAUGCCACCAAACACUUCCCCCACAAAACUUUGUGGACAGUUGUGUUUAUGAUCUCUGUGUUGGUGAAGGAUACCAACCAUUUCUGUGCCAAGCUUUAGGAGUAUAUGCAAGUCAGUGUCAACAAAAUGGUAUCCAGCCUGAAAGUUGGAGAAGACCUGGAUUCUGUGAAAUCCCCUGCCCAGCCAAUAGCCACUUUGAGUCUCAAGCAAGUGGAUGUCCACCAACCUGUGUUAAUCCUAACUCCACCCAAAACUGCCCCCUUCCUGUUCAGGAGAGCUGUGUUUGUGAUCCCGGCUAUGUCCUCAGUGCUGGAGAAUGUGUUCCUCAUGCUGAGUGUGGCUGCAGCUUUGAGGGUUUCUAUUAUCAAUCAGGAGAGACUGUUAUAUUGGGUGAAGACUGUGGGAGGCGCUGUAGCUGCACUGCUGGCUCAAUGACUUGCACCCCCUACAGCUGUGGCCCACAUGAAACCUGCAGUGUGGAAGAUGGAGAAAGAGGAUGCAGACCUAAUGGAUACGCCACAUGCUGGAUCAGGGGGGCAGGGUCCUAUCAAACAUUUGAUGGACUGACAUACCAGUAUGCUGGAGCAUGUAAACUGACCCUUGCCAAAGUAAUGGGAUCAUCUGAUCAUCCACACUUCAAGGUGACAUCAGAAAAGGUACCAAAAGGUCAGCAAGGGUUUGUCCAGAGUCUGAUAUUUGAAGCAGAGGGAAAACGUAUUUCCUUAGAAUUGGAACGCAACGCUAAAGUUACGGUUGAUGGUCAGCAGAUUCGACUGCCCUUCAGUUCUGGAUCCAACCACAUCCGCAUCUUCCACAGCAACACUCACAGCAUCAUCCUUCGCACAUCUUUUGGUUUGACUGUACAAACGGUGUGGCCUCACUUUGUGCGCAUCACUGCACCUGUGGUCUACAGCAGCUCACUUGGUGGACUCUGUGGAAACUACAACGAUGAACCCAACGAUGACUUUCAAACACCAAAUGGAACCCUGGUCCACAGUUCUCAAGUGUUUGGGGACAGCUGGCGAGAAGGAUCCCUGGCAUCUCACUGUGUGGACAACACAAUUCAUAAUUCUACAAACAAUUACAAUUCCAGUGACUAUUGUGGCAUUCUGAGUUCACCACAUGGUCCAUUCACUCCAUGCUGGGCUGUGGUAGAGCCAUCACAGCAAGUGGACGUGUGUGUGGACAUCCUCCGUAGAUCUGAAGAUCCUGAAUCAACUCUGUGUGAGGUUCUACGAGAUUAUGCUCUGAUGUGUCAACAACAGGGGGUUUCUCUGGGAGAGUGGAGGAAUUUAACUGGCUGUGCAUUAAAUUGCCCUUCAAACAGCCACUAUGAACUGUGUGGGACAUCCUGUCCCUCCGCCUGCCCCAGCCUCUCCUUCCCCUUCAGCUGUGACUCUCCAUGUCAGGAUGGGUGUCAGUGUAACGACGGCUUAGUCCUCAAUGGAAACCAGUGUGUGCCACCAACAUCCUGUGGAUGCUAUCAUCAAGGGUGCUACUGGCAAAGUGGGGAACAGUUUUGGGAUGGAGAAGAGUGUCAGAGUUUGUGCAGCUGUGACGGUGUGACGGGUGUGGUCCAUUGUGUGCCGCACUCUUGUGGUCCUGAGGAGGCGUGUCGAGUGGUAGAUGGGGAGUUUGGCUGCCAUCCCAACCCUCAUGGUACUUGCUCGUCUUCUGGAGACCCUCACUACAUCACGUUUGACCGCAAGGCAUACGACUUCCAAGGAACGUGCCGUUAUGUUUUGGCGACUGUAUGCAAUGUGACCAGUGGCCUCAAUGAUUUUUCUGUGGAAGCAAAGAAUGAGCAGUGGAAUGGUCUGGCACUUUCUCUUGCUGCUGAAGUGUUUGUCAAAGUGUGGGGAUAUUCAAUACAUAUUUCAAGGAAUCGACGUGGUGUGGCAGAAGUAAAUGGAAUAACAAGAAACUUACCAGUUCUCCUGAAUGAAAGCCGUGUGUCCAUCUACACAAGUGGAUCUCGUGUAUUUGUCAGUACGGACUUUGGCUUGACCGUCACCUUUGAUAGUUACAGCACAGUAGUGAUCACCGUUCCUCCAAACUACAGAGGAAAAGUAUGUGGACUUUGUGGUAAUUUCAAUGGCAAUAGAAACGACGACUUCCGAACCCCAAAUGGAACAGCAGUCACCACAACAGAUGCUUUUGGGGCAUCCUGGAAAGUACCAGGGAACUACACCUGCAGUGAUGGCUGUGGCUCCUCCUGUCCACAGUGCACGGACGAUCAAGCAGCCAGAGCUCAGUGUGAAGUGAUUCAGGCGCCGGAAGGCCCUUUCAGCUUCUGUCACGAGCACAUAGACCCAGAACCAUACUUUAACGACUGCGUGUUUGACGUUUGCGUGUCUGGAAAUGCAGGAAACGAUCUACUAUGCAGGGCAAUUGAGGCAUAUGUGAGUGCAUGUCAGUCUGCUAACAUCCGGAUCUAUCCUUGGAGACAAAACACCACCUGCAGCAUUGACUGCCCAGCAAACAGUCACUAUGAGUUGUGUGGAACAGACUGUGGCCACACCUGUGCCAGCAGCACUGAUGCCACCUGUGAGCAUGUUUGCUCUGAGGGAUGUUUCUGUGAUGAGGGCUUUGUGAGAAGUGGUACAACCUGUGUUCCUCUGGAAAGAUGUGGCUGCCAGUAUGACGGUUUCUACUAUAAUGUUGAUGAGUCUUUCUGGACUGAGGGUUGUUCCCAGCUAUGUGAAUGUCAUGGACCCAAUGACCUGCGCUGCUCUCCAGCAUCCUGCACUCCUGCACAACAGUGCAGCAUCAAGGAUGGCCAGCUCGGCUGUUAUGAUACAAUGUCCACUUGCACUGUGUUAGGAGACCCACACUACAUUUCCUUUGAUGGGGCAGUCACUAAUUUCCAGGGAACAUGCUCCUACGUCAUUAGUGAAAGUGUGAACCACGAUAACAAUGAAACCCAAUUCCAGGUAGUAGCUACCAAUGAGCACCGUGGCAACAAUUUUGUGUCUUUUGUGUCAACCGUGGACAUAUUCCUCUUAAAACAACAUGAGAGCAUACAUGUCUGGAUUGGAUCAAAUAGAAGAGUGAAGGUAAAUGGAAUAGAAGCUUCUCUUCCCACCCCUGCAGGAUCAUUUGCCCAGGUUUCAAGGCAGGGAAGCUACAUAGUCUUUGAUGCAGUUGACUUCAUUGUCCAGUUUGAUGGGCAACGGACUUUACUGGUCAGAAUGGGCCAAAACCGAGAAAAUAGAGUCACAGGGAUGUGUGGAAACUUCAAUGGUGAUCCAUCUGAUGAUAAAGUGUUUCCAAACGGCACAAACACCCGAAAUGACAAAGAGUUUGGAAACAGCUGGAAGUCCCCCAUAAGCCAACCAGGAUGUGGAUCCACUGAUGAAGAAAGUGAUGGAAUUGGGAACUGUCGCUUCUUGGAAGAAUACUCUCAACUCUGCAGCAUCAUCACCAACACCAGCGGUCCAUUCAGUGCCUGUCACCUGCACUCUGACCCACGGCCGUUUUUCUCUUCCUGUGUGUAUGAUCUCUGUCUCUACACUCCAGCCAAUGGCAUGCUGUGUUCUGCAGUUUCAGCCUAUGAGAAAACCUGCACUGUUUUAGGGUUGAACAUCCCAGAGUGGCGCCCUUCUUUGCACUGUGAUGAGUCAGAUCCCUGUGAACAGCUGGACUGCACAGAGAAUGAAUGGUGUGGAGAGAAGGAUGGUGUGUAUGGCUGUUUCUGUGAUGAGCACCAUCACCGACCCAACAACGACAGCUUUGACUCGUCCAUCACAUGUGUGAGCAGCUCGGGGACCUUGUCCCUCUCUCGCUGUCAGCUGUUUGAAGCCGGUUUCCCCCUCAGUGCUCUCCAUCUACGGGACGACUCCUGUAAAGGGACUCUCCAGGACGGGCGGCUGGUGUUCCACUUCAAUAAUGAUGACCAACUGUGUGGGACAGUUCUCAUGAGCAAUGGUACACAUUUCAUCUACGAGAACAGUGUCCAGGGAGACGUGGAUCCUCAUGAUGGUAUCAUCAGUCGUGAACAGAGCAUCCACUUGCUCUUCAAUUGUGUGUACCCUCUGGCUCAGGCCCUGUCUAUGGAUGUGGGCAUCAACCCAUUAGAAAGCAUUGUGAACAAGAGGCUUCCAUCUGGUGAAGGUCACUAUAGUCUGAGGAUGAUACCAUAUGAAGACCCCAACUUCCAAUCCCCUCUAAACCGGAACAGAAACUUGGAAAUGGAAAUAAACCAGAGGUUGUAUAUCGAGGUGCUAACUGAGGGGGUUGAUGAACGCCAGAUCUCCACCAUUCUGGACUCCUGCUGGGCGACACCCUUCAAUGAUGCCAACUACCCCGUCCGCUGGGAUCUCAUCAACCACGAGUGUCCCAAUCAGGCAGAUGGUACUGUGGAGCUCGUUCAGAAUGGCAUCUCCACUGCGGCUCGUUUCUCAUUCAAGAUGUUCACCUUCACCAACUAUUCCUCCAUCUACCUUCACUGUCAGGUUCACUUGUGUCUUUUGAGACACAGCAACUGCACUGCUCAUUGUUACCCGGGUCACCACACAAGAGUAGCAAGGGAUGUUCGCCACCAUGACACUGCAGCCAUCACGAUAGGACCUCUUCAUACAGCUCCAGGUGAAAGGAGGAUGAAGAGCAGCUGUCCAGACCUUCCUGCACCUUUAGUGAUUUUGAUUGUCAGUUUGAUUUUUGCCAAAACUCUAAUUUAGUCAUUGGAUGGAUUAUUUUUUUUUCCUUUUUAGUGACUUUAUUUUUGGUAAUUGUUUUACAGGUAAAACUCUUGUUUUUACAUAAGACAUUUGUAUCAAUAACACCUCUCAACACUAGAGGGCAGUAUAAGAUUCAAGGACAAAAUGAUUUGCAGCAUCAGUUUUUUGCAAACAAGAUUGUGUUAUUAAAUCAGGGGUAAAUUUAAGAAAAACUUUGAUAAUAAUAACAUUAACGGUUUUA